CGCCGCAACACGUCACCAGUGUGUUCGAGUUUUAGACAUUGCUUGAAUUUUUUUUAAAUGUACGCACAGAAAUGUCAAACGACUGAGGGAUAAAUGUGUUCCCAUAUGUGAAUAACAGAUCAAAUUAUACCGAUGUAUUUUGAAACGGAUGUUUAAUGCUCGCAGCGGAAGUAUGGACAUCACUGUAACCUAACUUUUACCGAUCUUCAAGUAUCACAGGAUACCAGAACGUUGAGCAAAAUGUUGAGUGGAGUCGAAAAUCCCCAUGCGGAGAUGGACCCAACCCCUCCAUCACCCAGCUUCGAUGGCGCCAGCUCCACAUCGUCAACGCUGGAUUCUCCUUUAAUGAAAUUGUCCUCUUACGUCUUGGCCCUUAGGCCAUGGUCAUUAAGUGCUUCUUUGAUGCCAACUCUCCUUGGAUCGGCACUUGCCUAUCGAUUAAUAGGAUUAACGAGCUUUAAUUGGAUAUCACUUGUACUUACUUUAUUCACGAUCGUCUCGGUGCACGGGGCGGGUAACGUUGUAAACACAUACUUUGAUUAUGUCAAAGGUGUGGACAGUCGAAAAAGCGACGACCGAAUAUUGGUCGAUCAUAUUUUAUCUAAAGAUGAGCUCGUAUCUUUGGGUGCAAUCUUAUAUGCCGCAGGGUGCUUAGGCUUUAUUUUACUUACUGCCAUUUCACCUGCUAAAAUGGAGCAUCUGGCUCUCGUUUAUUUCGGAGGUUUGUCAUCCUCGUUUUUGUAUACCGGUGGUAUCGGCCUGAAAUACAUAGCUCUAGGUGAUGUUUUGAUCUUAGUCAUAUUCGGCCCGAUAUCCGUUUUAUUUGCAUUUAUGGCACAGACUGGAUACGUUGAAUGGGGCACAAUGUAUUAUGCCAUACCUUUGGCCUUAAACACAGAGGCUAUUCUACAUAGCAACAAUACAAGGGAUUUGGAGAGUGACAGACGCGUCGGAAUAGUAACUUUAGCAAUUUUGAUUGGUCACACAGCGUCACACGUUCUGUAUGCCUUUUUACUGUUCUCGCCCUACAUAACGUUCGUUGUACUUGCAUUGAGGUACUCGGUGUGGUUUUUGUUACCGCUGGUCACAUUGCCUGCAGCAUUUCGAAUAGAAAAAGAAUUCAGAUCUCCAGAAACUAUCCAGGGCGUACCAAAGCAAACUGCUAGACUAAAUAUGUUUCUUGGAAUAUUGUACGUUGUAGCUUGUCUACUUAUCGACCCUCUUCCUUACCUUCGUUGAAUGUAACUCAAUUAUCAGCUAACAGGCACUUGCAAAUAUUGAUACAAUAUGUGAGGAAUGAUUGUAAAGCAAUGACAGCUUAGUUUGCCUCCCAAAAUGCAAUCGAGUUAUAAAGUGAAUUGAAAUGUGUAGAAACAAUGUCUCAAGUGAUCUUGUCAAGAUGCAUAUGAAUGAAAAAUCACUCAUGCAUAUUAUAUUCUAUUGUCAGUAUUUGAAAUGCGGUUGUACUAAAAUAAACUGAUCAUAAACUAAUCGACAGCAAUGCUUAUGAAGUUUAAUUGGACUGUCGCUCAUGGAUAUUUAAUGAUUAUUUAAUCAUUGAAUUACAAUAGAUGGUAAGAGGCAAGGGCUAUGUCUUCAAACGAUGUUUUCAAUACAUUUGAUAUGACUUAAUAUUUUCACUACUGUAAAUAGUAUUGUGCGAUAUUACUGCCUUACUAAUCUCUGCCCAAAGUACAAAGGCAAGUAGCACCAAUGCCAUUACCAAAAAAGUUUUAGUCCAAACCCUUCAGUCUUGACACUAUAUUACAUUGGUUAUUUUUUUCAACUAUCGUAUAGGUAUGUAACAAUUGCUGCCUGUUUAGAAAAGUAAAUGUUGUGUAAUUACAGUUUGUUGAUACGUGUUAUUGAAAAUCCAAGAUUAGGUUACAACAUAGUUGUUGUCGCUUUACCACCGCAGAAGAUAUGAAAAUACUUGCUCGCUAUUCUUGUUACGUAAGAAAAUUAAAUUCUACACAACAUUGGCAAGUGAGAAUAUUAGCAUCGAACGUCUGCGUUAUAUUCAAAGCAAAUUGGAACACUGCAAUUAUGUGGAUACCAAACAAAAGAAUUGAUCAUUUUAUCUUCUAGGAGCUAUGCUUACAUUAGGAAUAAAUUAUAAGUCCAAGUUUGUUGUAACCUUAAACUUAAUUUUUCGGCAUUUCUUGCAGAACAUUCAGAUCCAAUACUGGCAUCAAUUUUUAUUAUUUCUUAUUGCUGUUAUUAUUAAUAUUAUCGUUGCAUAAUUAUUGUUAAUUACAUACUUUUUUCCUUCAUAUAACUAGGGAGAGGCUUGUUAUGAUUUAUUUUACGUUUGAAAUUAUUUAUGCAUUAUUAAUAUGUCGCAUAGUGUGUGUGCGUGUGUGUAUAUAUGUAUCUAUAUGUAUAUGUAUGUAUAUAUAUAUAUAUAUAUAUAUAUAUAUAUAUAUAUAUAUAUAUAUAUAUAUCUCUGUGGCGUGUGUGUGUGUGUGUGUGUGUAUAUAUAUAUAUAAUAUGGGUUUCGAAAGAUUGCCUGAUAUUCAUGUGAAGCCCUUCACAUUGGUCAAGAAAGCCGUUUUGACCGCUGGUUGACAGCUUUAAUAAAUAUUUAAUAGGUAUGAACAAUAGUGAUUAUUUAUUUCAAAUCGUAGACAGCUUAAUUGAUAAUUAUAGAAAUGAUGGAACUAACAGCACUAUUUUUUGUAUUAAUCGCAAAUCGCAUAUAUUAAAGCAAUGAAAGAAAAUAGUCAGUGAGUCUGCAUUCUAGACUCCAUAGCUAUUGCAUAUUCUGUACAGUCUUUAUUCGAACAACCUUGGAGAAAAUUUGAGAGAAAAUUUAACAAGUUUACUUGAGGCUAAUGAUAUACAACUGGUACCAUACAUGAAUAAUUGUUAUUACAAUUCUUAUUUUAUUAGCGAACCAAAAGUACAAUAAAUAAUAAUGUAAUGUUUCAUA